GUACUCUUCUCAAGCCAGCGUUCAGAGACUCUAAAUUCUUUUAUUGUCUGAAUUCGGAAAUGUCGUCCUCUCAGUGCUUUGAGAAUCCUCCAAGCAUCGUAAGUUCAGCAUGUGGAGCAGGGACCGUUGAAGAAAUUGGAGGCCUGAAGACCUAUUUCUCUGGGACCCAUGAUUCCAGCCGUGCGAUUCUGCUCAUUGCCGAUGCUCUUGGUUAUGAAACUCCAAACCUAAGUGUCCAUUUUUCUAACCGGAUGAGUUGUAGGUUCAUACUGCAGUUUCUGGAACCACUU